AUGGUCAAGUUCUCUUACUCUCUCGACGCAUCCCAUGUCGAGUUCAUCACCAACCAAUCGCUUUUCUAUGUCGCCAGCGCACCUUGGGCAGGCGACCACAUCAACAUUUCCCCCAAAGGCCACCCAUCUCGCACCCUAGCUGUCCUAGGACCCAACACCAUCGCCUAUUUAGACGCCACAGGCUCUGGCUGUGAAACAAUCGCGCACAUUUAUGAAAAUGGUCGUGUAACCCUCAUGUUCUCCUCGUCCGGCUCCAAGUCUCAGGUCCUGCGCGUCUUUUGCAAGGGCAAAGUGAUAGAAAAAUGGGACCCGUACUACCAGCAACUGCGGGCAAGGAUGGCGACUGAGAACGGUGACGACAUCGACAUUACCGGCGCGAGGGCGAUUAUUGUGCUCAAGGUGAAGAAAGUACAGACGAGCUGUGGUUUCCGUGUACCGCCAAAUGGCCCUGAUACGGCCGGAGAGGUAGAGAGCGCGGGCGACGCUGUUACCAUUGUUGCCCAUGAGCAUGAUGCGGAUGCGGAUGCGGCCGCGACAUCUCAUCGUGACACGAUUGAUGACUGGGCGAGGAAACAAAUUGAAAAGCAAGAGCUUGGCGAAUUCCAAAAGAGGUGGAAUCACAAAUCGCUUGAUGGUCUUCCGGGGAUGAUGAGCGCUAGACGCUCGCAUGAUGAGAACAUUGCAGUCGAAGACACCAAGGCAUGGCUCCGGAAAGUCAGCAGACAACAGGACGCGGUCGCUUUUGGAUUCGGACUGGGCAUACUGUUCAUAUUGCUGCUCGCUCUUCUGGGUGUGCUUAGCGUUAAGGCGGUUUUCUUGGAGCACAUUGUGAACUGGCAGAGGCGGCAAAUGGGUAUACCCGAGGAUCAUUCCUGGAGGAAGAGCGAAUUGUAG